CAAACUAAAAUGUACAUGAGCGUAGUAACCUCUCAGCUGCAGUCAUGAAAUAUUCGUUCUGGAUCUACGUAUUUUACAUUUUUGAAUGUGUACGAUCUGAAGAACGAAACUACAGAAUUGUUGUCCAAAAAAUCACCACCAGCAAUGUUGAUAACGAUAUUUUCGAGAAGGUCGAUGUCGAAUUGUUUCAAAUUAACAACCGCAGCUACCUCGAUGGGAGUGUAGUUUUUAAGCAACCGGGAAGCGACAUGAUGGUGAACUCAGUUCUAGACUUCUGGAGGCCAAACAAGCAGCAUAUGAGAGUGUUUGAUGUGCGAUUUAGUUUGUGUUCAUUCUUCGAGGAAAGUCAUAAGAACAAAUUUUUCAACAACUAUUCAAAAGCGAUAAAGAAAUUCGCGACCAAAGAAUUUAAAUGUCCUUUCGAAGCUAACGUCACAUAUGGAGUGAAGAAGUUGUACUUUGAUGAGCGAGACUUCCCAACAUUCGUACCUCUGGGCAAAUUUCGGUCCAAGUUUGAAUAUUACUUGAAUGAGGAUGUGUGGGCUACCUUUUCGGCGCAAGGACAAAUAAUAUCGUGGAACUAAACAGGGCUUCGAUUAAAUAUAAAAAUGUUA